AUGGCGGAGCUCUGUGACACUCUGGAAGCCCAUGAAACGGAUUCCUUUCUCCUCGCUGAAAGUGUUUUCGAUCCGGAAGACAGUCAAGAAAACGGGGGGAGUGUGAAAGACCGAGGGGAGGAGGAGGAGGAUGAAGAGGAGGAGGAGGAGGAGGAGGAGGAGGAGGAGGAGGAGGAGGAGGAGGAGGAGGAGGAGGCGGAGGAGGAGGAGGAGGAGGAGGAGGAGGAGGAGGAGGAGGAGGAGGAGGAGGAGGAGGAGGAAGAGGAGAGAGAAGAAAGGAAGCACGGAAAGGCCAACCCAGCUGGGUGA